AUGGCCCUCGCCGAUGAGACCAACCGGAUCGUCUCCGAGUUCGACUUCACUGACGACGACUUGAACCGCCAUGUGAAUGAGUUCUUGAGCCAGAUGGAUCAGGGCCUGCAGAAGGACGGCACAAGCCUUUCCCAGAUCCCAACCUAUGUCACCGGAGUCCCCAAUGGCACCGAGAAGGGACUGUACCUCGCUGUCGACCUGGGCGGCACUAACUUCCGCGUGUGCUCCGUCAUGCUCAAUGGCGACACCACCUUUAACCUGACUUUCAACAAGGUCGCUAUCCCCAAGGAGCUUAUGGUCGCCAAGACGGCCUCGCAAUUGUUCUCUUUCCUCGCCAAGCAGAUUGAGCUGUUCCUCCGCGAGCACCACGCUGAACGCUUCGAGGAGAGCCACAUUCGCCGCCGCAACACCGUUAGCAACGAGGCGGGAUUUCGCGACGAGUCCAUCUUCCGCCUCGGCUUUACCUUCAGCUUCCCUGUUCAGCAGCUCGCCAUCAACAAGGGCUUGCUAAUUCGGUGGACCAAGGGCUUCGACAUCGAUGACGCCGUCGGCAAAGACGUCUGUGCGCUGCUCCAGAUCGAAAUCGACAAGCUGCAGCUUCCCGUCAAGGUUGCCGCCUUGGUGAACGACACCGUAGGCACGCUCAUGGCGCGCUCAUACACGUCUACCGGCAAGAGCCGAUCCAUUCUCGGCGCCAUCUUCGGCACCGGAACCAACGGCGCAUAUAUGGAGAAGACCAGCAAAAUUAAGAAGCCCAUUCCCGGCGAGUACGACAACUCCACGGGUGAGAUGGUCGUCAACACUGAGUGGGGCUCCUUCGACAACCAGCUCAAUGUUAUGCCUUCAACAUCAUGGGACAAGGCGCUCGACGCUGAGAGUGUGAACCCCGGCUUCCAAAUGUUCGAGAAGCGUGUCUCAGGCAUGUUCCUGGGCGAGAUUGUGCGAUUAGCCGUUGCCGACAUGAUCAGCAAUGAAAAGUCAUCACUCUUCAAGGACGUCAACUCAAGUUCCAAUGAUUGGUCCAGCACGACCAACAUCUCCCCCCAGUCCGGAUUCCUCAAGCCAUGGGGACUGGACAGCGCCAUCAUGUCAGUGGCCGUAUCCGACAACACUCCCGAGCUCUCAACCCUGCGCCAGGAGCUGGAGAACCUACUUCACGUCUACACCCCGUCGCUGGAGGAUGCGCAAGCGUUCAAGUCCGUCGCAUAUGCUGUCGGACGCCGAGCAGCCAGGUUGUCGGCGGUUGCCAUUGGCGCCAUUGCCAUCCAGUCUGGCAAGCUGGACAACCCUGAGGAGGAGGUCAUCGAUAUUGGUGUCGACGGCAGCCUGGUUGAGCACUACCCCUACUUCCGAGAUAUGAUCUACGAUGCUCUCCGGGCCAUUGACGCCAUCGGCCCUAAGGGCGCUGAGAAGAUCCGCAUCGGAAUCGCCAAGGAUGGCAGUGGUGUCGGUGCUGCCUUGAUCGCCCUCAUCGCCGCCAGCAAAGAGACGCCCACUCAGAUUAUCGAGGAUCUGCGGUCUGUAGCUAAAACCUCGCGGAGACCUAGCUCUACAUUCUCUGAAGAUGUCCCCCACGUUUCAUACAAAUCCAUGUUGAUCGGUGGCGUCAUCGGUGCGUUCGCAGUGGCAGCUCUUUGGUGGAUCAAGCGUCGUUAA